AAUAAUUUUAUAAUUGUCAUUUAUUAUAAUGCAUAUUAUUUAAAUAUUGAGAACUUGGACGUUUUCAUCAAAACACAUUUUACAUUGAUGAUGUAUUACGCUAAUAUACUUUCACUAUUCUACUAAAUAGAGCGUAUUAUUCGAAAAAAACUCGUAAAGUAUAAAGACAAUUUCACCUGUUCGGUACUGCGUUCAGUACUCUCGCAUUCGUUCAGCGAGACAUUAACGAACAAGACUGCUUAUUCAUCUCAUCAUUAUAAACAUUUAAUUAAACUAUUAAAUAUAAUAAUGCAGACUAAAUAUAAUUUUAAUUUGUGUUUGAUACACGUUGUAAUGAUAUUACUUGUCACAAAUACUAUUACGGCCAAUUUAUUGGAUAAACUUUCAGAAAUGGCUUUAACAGAUCCACAAGUUGUAAAUAAAAAAGAAAUGUCAAAACAAGAAAAAGAAGAUGUUUUAUCAAUGGGACAAUACUUUCAAGAUAUAUUUUCGGAACAUUUGGCUCCUCUUAAAAUUGAAUUUGGUCACGUUUGUGAGAAUCCUAGUGAAUGGGAACAAAGAUUCGAACGAAAAGAUUUUGACAACAAUCGUUAUAGCGGCAAGGUGAAAUGGGGUAACAAAAAUGGAGAAUAUGGCGAGCAAUAUUGGGACUUGAAUCAUUAAUUUUAAUGAAGAUUAAUUAUUUAAAAACAAAUAUUGAUGUGUGUGAUUUAUUUAAUAAAAAUUCUUUGUUUGAAAUUAUUUCCAUUAUUUACUUUAGUAAGACAAUUGUGAAAUAAAGAUUUUAAAAAUAAAAGAUUCAAGAUUAUAAAUGAAAA